UGCUUUAGCCGUCACACGAAGUAUCGAUAUUAAUACAAAACCUUUACACUUAAUCAACUUUGAUGUUUGGCAAGAGGAAAGAAGGAACACGUCUGGAAUGCCUUGCGUUUGCGGAAAGAAGUGCUCACUGCUGUGCCUGUUCAUCAGCAUCUGGGCCAUUUUCCAGCUGCUGCUGAUGGGAAUGUCCUACUCGAUGCACUCGUUGGCCUUUCUAAAGUCUCUGCCGCUGAAGGAUCACUACAAUAGCUUAAAGGAGUUCCGAACUGAGGCUGAUCGCGCCUUCGGGGAGCUCGCCAUACGCUGCUAUGUUACGGCCGUACUCUAUGCUUGCUUUGCGUUCAUCUCCUACAUCUGUUUUUGUUUAAGGAAUAGGCGGCUAGCUGCGACAAGGAAUCCGAAUCAACAUCACAAGCGGAAAGCCUGAUACUCUGCAAAUGCAUAUACUAUAUACAUAUAUAUAUUUUGUAGACGUCAUAAAGCAAUGCCACAGCACUCAA